UUUAUUUGAUGGAAGAAGUUCCGAAUUAUGGAACCAUUCUUUAGGCUAAAAAUAAGGCUAUUUUUGUGCAUGUAAGAGAUCAAUCUCACUUCAGUAGUUUUGUUUGAUCAAUUCCUAGAAUUCUUAAUCAGGUUAUUGAGGUAAAACGCAAGAUCUGAACAAUGGCCACAAAUUCAUCCAAUGGGGAACAACAAACAUCCUCAAAGCCACCACCUUUGCCAUCUCCAUUGCGCUUUUCUAAGUUUUUUCAGGCCAACAUGAGGAUCCUGGUUACUGGAGGAGCUGGUUUUAUUGGUUCUCACUUAGUUGACAAAUUGAUGGAAAAUGAGAAAAAUGAGGUGAUUGUUGUCGAUAAUUUCUUCACUGGAUCAAAGGACAAUCUUAGAAAGUGGAUUGAUCAUCCCAGAUUUGAGCUUAUUCGUCAUGAUGUUACCCAGCCGUUGCUCGUUGAGGUUGAUCAGAUUUACCACCUUGCAUGCCCGGCUUCUCCAAUUUUCUAUAAAUACAAUCCCGUGAAGACAAUAAAGACAAAUGUCAUUGGCACACUAAACAUGCUGGGACUUGCCAAGCGAGUCGGAGCAAGGAUCUUGCUCACAUCAACUUCAGAGGUAUAUGGAGAUCCCCUUACCCAUCCACAACCAGAAUCAUACUGGGGUAACGUUAAUCCAAUUGGUGUUCGGAGCUGCUAUGAUGAAGGAAAGCGUGUGGCUGAGACCCUAAUGUUUGAUUAUCAUAGGCAACAUGGGAUAGAGAUACGCAUUGCUCGAAUCUUCAACACAUAUGGGCCACGGAUGAACAUCGAUGAUGGGCGUGUUGUCAGCAAUUUCAUUGCUCAAGCACUUCGUGCUGAACCACUAACAGUUCAAAAACCCGGGUCACAAACUCGCAGUUUCUGUUAUGUAUCGGACAUGGUUAAUGGCCUUAUUCGUCUCAUGGAGGGGCAGAACACUGGUCCCAUCAAUAUUGGGAACCCAGGUGAAUUUACAAUGCUCGAGCUUGCCGAGACAGUUAAGGAGCUUAUUAAUCCUAAAGUGGAGGUAAAUAUGGUGGAGAACACUCCAGAUGAUCCAAGGCAGAGAAAACCCGACAUCACAAAGGCAAAAGAAGUGCUAGGUUGGGAGCCGCAAGUCACGUUGCGGGACGGGCUUCCGCUCAUGGUGGAAGAUUUCCGAUCAAGGCUAGGAAUCUCAAAAGCUUAACCUAUUAGUAGUGAAUUAUACUACUAGAGGAGGAUAUUUCACUGCCGGCCAGAACAUUAUCCGCAAUCUGUGUGUUCUCCCUUGGGCCCAGAUUAAUCUUUUAUUCCAUCAUACCAAAAAAAAGAGAAGAAAACCCAUAACCAUUGAACAUGGGAAUUUU